GUCGAAAUUUUCUUUGGGCGGGAGAUCAUCUAGUAGCACUUUACUAUGGUAGGCUCUGCUCUAUCGACUGCUGCAGUUGAUAGGAAGAGGAAGAGGAUUAAAGAGUGAGCGAAGUCCGAGGCCGGCGGUAGGAGUAAGAAGGUUUUUGGGAGGGAGGUGGCGGUCGAUUGAUAGAAACGCAGCGCAGGGCCUGGCGCAGGAUAUUAAAAACGAAGUCGAUUUUUUUUUUGGGUGGGAGAUCAUCUAGCACUUGAAUUGUUUCUGCUCUAUAGACUGCAGUUGAUAGGUAUUAGGUAGGAGUAAAGAGGGAGCUAAGUCCAAGCCCUGGGAUAGGAGGAGUAGUGAGAAAAAGAGGCCAUAGAUUGUCUUUCGUGCAGAUUUUUUGGGCGGGAGGUGAGGGAGGUGAGGGUGGUGAUGGUGGUGGUGGUGAUCGAUUGAUAGAAACGCCAGCGCACCGCAGCGCCACCAUUCGAAUUGAUUUGAUUGAUUGAUUGAUUCGUGGAAUCAUCAUAAUUCUGCUGAGCGGGAUCUGAGUGACAUCUAACAGGGCUUGGCGCGCAGGGACUGCCAUCUGCUGUUGGAAGGAAGCACGAGGAUUAUGCGGCAACCGACUGCUUCAAGCAGAGAGCUGCCACAGAAAUGCCGCCGCGGGAGGGCCAGGAUGCUACUAUGGUACAUCUUUCUUUCAUUAGGUGCUGUGGGGCAUCUGUUAUUUGGAGAAGCACAAGCAAAAGAGUUGCUGAAAUGGUGUGUUGUUGGCGAUGAGGAGUGGGGGGUGUGCACUCAACUCAUCAAGUACCUCAAUCAGCAGGAUGACUCUGAAUGGAAAUGAGACUCUGGAGCGAUUAGUUGCCUCAUGAACGGUGGUGAUGUUGCUUUUGUCCGUGAGUCUUCCGUUCUCCAGUAUCUGAAUCAGACGAAUAGCCAGCAAGGAUCUGCAAAUAUCACAAAGGAUAAUUUCAGGAAUCUGUGUUGGAAUUUGACUUGCCAGGCUCUGGACGAUCCAGAUACAUGUGUCUGGUUGACGAUUCCCAAUGACCUUAUCAUGACAAGAAUUGGACUGGCGGAUACCAUCAGGGAAAAGACUGUUUCUGUGCUGGAAGACUUGAGUCGGAUGGGCGAAUUUCAGGCAGAAUUCUUCUCCCCGUCAAAAAAUCCAAAGGGUCUGAUCUUUCAGCUUGGGGUCACUGGCAUGGUGCCCGUCACUAGCAACCUGGAGACUUUAUUGGGCAGAGAUGUACUCCAGGCGAUCGCAGCUGUCCAUCGUCUGGACCUGCCAUCUGGAGGCCUUGGCGCAGCGAAUGGAAGCACAGAACUGCCAAAUGUGAAGUGGUGUGCUGUUGGCGAGAAGGAGUUUGAAUUGUGCAAUCAAUUCAUAAUCCAGUUGAAUAACCAAUCAUGGAUGACUUGGAGUUGCAUAAUGCAGGACAAUGUACAAGAUUGCCUCCUUGAUGUGCAAAACGGAACGGCAGAUGUGCUCUCUGUCCCUGCGGAUGUACUGUUUAUGGCAUCUCAUUAUCAUGGCCUCUCAGCAGUCAUGUCCGAAAACUGCUCCGACGCGUCGUCAGGGGGAUAUUGGACAGUGGUCGUGGUUCGAACGGAGGUUUGCAAUCAAAGCCAAGAUUUACGUUUCGCUGCUUUAAAGGGCAAGGCCUCUUGUCAUGGCAUCGGCUACGGUGACUCUGCUGGUUGGAAAUCUCCAGUGGCCACAAUCGUCAACCUAGACCUUGUGAAGAUCCCACCCAGUGGCCAAAAGGAUAUUAGUGCGGUGACAGAGUUCUUCUCUUCGGUGUGUGCUCCCGGCACUGAUGACAGCAAAUUAUGCACUGGCUGUCAGUCUAGUUGCACACCCGACAACGGUACUACUCAAGUUGACUCGGGAGCUCAGGACUGCUUGAACAGUGGGGGAGAUGUUGCAUUCAUUCGGUCUCCGAGGAAUAUGGCACCUGGCGUUUUUAAGGACAUUGAUAGAGAGCGCUUCAGCUUGCUUUGUCCACAAGGAGGAUGUGCAAAUAUGUCAGAGGUUGAUACUUGCAAUUUCUUCUAUGUUCCUUUCAAGGCAGUUGUUGUCAGGGACUCGAUGGAAAAAAGUUUUAUCAACGAAAUGACUGAGACACUUGCCACCGUCUCCAAGAGUGAGAAGUUCAGGGCUCUGUUCAUGGAAGGUGCUAACAGUCAAUCGCUUCUUUUCUCACAAAGCCUUGUGUCGUUGUCUAAAAUAAUUACGACGACAGAUCAGUACCUCAAUACCUCGCUUGAUAUGUUCGCCACAUACUAUGAGCUUUACAAUCCAGGAGGAGUAGCUAUGGCAUCUCACUCUGCAAGGAAUCGUGAGUCUGCAGGGGAUCAGGGUGGUGGCCAGCGGGCUGGGCAGAGCCCGUCGAGAAGUUCAAGGCCUUCGGAGCGGUAUGGGUAUGCGCACCUGCCACCUCACUUGCGGCCUCUGUCGUACAUGUCCGACGAGGAGGCGGAGGACAGACGGUCACGGACCGUGCCGCUGGGAAGCGGGUCCACCCAGGAGUGGGUGGCUACAGAGGUCUGUGGAAGCCGCGACGACGGUUAUGGCCAGUCGUACACCCUCCUCCAGCAGGGGCCGAGUGGCGACGAAGGCGAUGGCGGCGUCAAUCCGUCGUUCGGGCUGUGUAGCGGGAGGUCAUCGGCCGCCUCGCGAACUGUGAUCGUCGACAACCAUCCCGACGACAUGGCGGGCAGGUCUGCAGGGGAUCAGGGUGGUGGCCAGCAGGCUGGGCAGAGCCCGUCGAGAAGUUCAAGGCCGUCUGAGUGGUCUGGGUAUGCGCACCUGCCACCCCACUUGCAGCCUCUGCCGGACACGUCCGACGAGGAGGCGGAGGACAGACGGUCACGGACCGUGCCGCUGGGAAGUGGGUCCACCCAGGAGUGGGCGGUUACAAAGGUUUGUGGAAGCCACGACAGCAGUUAUGGCCAGUCGUACACCCAACUCCUCCAACAGGGGCUGAGUGGCAACGAAGGCGAUGGCGGCAUCAAUCCGUCGUUCGGGCUGUGUAGCGGGAGGUCGUCGGCCGCCUCGCGAACUGUGAUCGUCGACAACCAUCCCGAUGACGAGGCGGGCAGGUGACGACUGUUGCGCGGUCAUCGAAGUCUCCAGCACCGGCCCAGGAGGCAUCGUGGAACAACAGGGAUCCUCUGAGGCAGCAAUA